GGCAUGUGGGCGUGUGUUGAGAGUGCAUGAGCUGCUUUUUGAGUUUAGUAAAUGACUGCAGCAAGAAAUACUGUGAAGCUGCUAGCGUUUAUGAGCGCCUUAUGUGCAAUGGCACAGACUCUGUGUGCUAAAACAUUCAUGUUUUGCCAUUUAUCACGAGGAUUUUAGGGAAACGUUGAAAGCGAAAAUGAGCAGCGUCUCGUAACUGGACCAGACAAUGGAAGUAGCGUCAUGCAGCAGUAACAAUUCACCCCUGGGAAACGAGUCCGUACUGAAUAAGACUACCUGCAGGAGCACAUCGGUCAGAGGAAGCUAAACCUAGCGUGUGGCUUCAAAGCGACACAUUUUCCCACUGGGAUGCGUAUGAAAAGAGCCUCGGAGGUACAGAGAAGACGCGCGUGUACAGAUUUCCUUUGACUUUGGUGGCAUUCCGACGCUGCGAGGAGAUCGCGUGUAGUUGCGUUUGUUUGAAAUCGCUCGCGCAUAUCGCCCGAUGUGUUUUGGGAUGAAUAUAUUUGCCGACUGCACAUCUAAAGCUGUUAUGGAUCGCUGGGAAUGAGCAGCUGAAAUUGAUCUCAUCGAGUUCAUUCACAGCACCGUUGCCACCUGAAAUCCCGCAGCACGCUCGAGUCUCUGUCCGUGGUCCUGACACGGAGCUCGGCUUCACCUGAACAGCCUCUGUCGGGAAAAACAUGAUCAGCUCGUCUGUACGAUCCUGAGAUUUCUGUGGCCUUUUUUGGGGAAUCGGAAACGAGCAAAGGACGAAUCGUUCACCUCAGAAGUGAGUGGAGAGGGAUUUGUAGGGCGCACUGAGCUGUAGCUAACUACAUCCACUCAAAUCCGACACGAUGUUCGCACUCGGGAUUUAUUUGUGGGAAACUAUUGUAUUUUUCAGCUUGGCAGCAUCCCAACAGGCAGCAGCACGGAAAGCUGCCUCUCCCAUGCCCCCGUCAGAAUUCCUGGACAAGCUUAUGGGAAAAGUGUCUGGUUACGAUGCAAGAAUCAGACCUAAUUUUAAAGACCCACAAGGCUCCAAAUCGGAUGGUACUCACAAGAAAGGUCCACCUGUGAACGUAACAUGCAACAUUUUUAUUAACAGUUUUGGAUCCAUUGCUGAAACAACAAUGGAUUACAGAGUGAACAUUUUUCUAAGACAGCAGUGGAACGACCCUCGGCUGGCUUACAGCGAGUAUCCUGAUGACUCCCUUGACCUUGAUCCCUCUAUGUUGGACUCCAUUUGGAAACCCGAUCUGUUCUUUGCCAAUGAAAAGGGCGCCAAUUUCCAUGAGGUCACCACUGACAACAAGCUUUUGAGGAUUUCAAAAAAUGGGAAUGUCUUAUACAGUAUAAGAAUAACACUGAUUCUGGCCUGUCCCAUGGACCUGAAGAAUUUCCCUAUGGAUGUGCAGACCUGUAUAAUGCAGUUGGAGAGCUUCGGCUAUACCAUGAAUGAUCUUAUAUUCGAGUGGGAUGAAAAAGGAGCUGUGCAGGUGGCAGAUGGACUGACGUUACCACAGUUCAUACUGAAAGAAGAGAAGGAUUUGCGUUAUUGUACCAAGCACUAUAACACAGGGAAGUUCACAUGUAUAGAGGCUCGUUUCCACCUGGAGAGACAGAUGGGUUAUUAUCUGAUCCAGAUGUACAUUCCCAGUCUCCUGAUUGUUAUUUUGUCUUGGGUGUCUUUCUGGAUCAACAUGGACGCCGCCCCUGCUCGUGUAGGUUUGGGCAUUACUACUGUGCUGACCAUGACCACUCAGAGUUCAGGAUCUAGGGCCUCUCUUCCUAAGGUGUCCUACGUGAAAGCCAUUGACAUUUGGAUGGCCGUCUGCCUACUCUUCGUCUUCUCCGCCCUGCUGGAGUACGCCGCUGUCAACUUCAUCGCACGCCAACACAAAGAGCUGCUGCGCUUCCAGAGAAGAAGAAGACAUCUUAAGGAGGACGAGGCAGGAGACGGCCGAUUCAGCUUCGCGGCCUACGGCAUGGGCCCGGCGUGCCUGCAGGCCAAAGAUGGCAUGGCCAUUAAGGGGAACAACAACAACGCGCCCACCUCCGCCAACCCCCCUGAGAAAACGGUGGAGGAGAUGCGCAAGCUCUUCAUCAGCCGCGCCAAACGGAUCGACACCGUGUCGCGCGUGGCCUUUCCGCUGGUCUUCCUCAUUUUUAACAUUUUCUACUGGAUCAUUUACAAGAUCAUACGCAGCGAGGAUGUUCACAAGCAGUAAGAAGAGAUCCGAAUAUUCCCGUCUCCACGCUCACACUCCCCAUCUUUCCGCGCCCGCCUUUAUCUCAGUGCAGCGCUCACUUGCUUCCGGUGAUGAUGAGCCCCCGGCAGAGGUAUUUAUGAAUAUUUUUUCGUCUCUUUCUCUCCUGCCCCCCCAUGAAUAAUCCGGACCUGUGCAAUAGCAAUGCAGUAAAAUGCAUGAUAUAUGAAUGUGGCAAUAUAUUUACUAAAAAAAAAUCGAAACGACUGAAGUAAAUAUGAAACUUUUUGCAAAACGUCUCUAAAAACUUCGGAACCGACGACCCAGAGGAGGAAAACUUUUUUGCAACUUGAAGACGUACUGCAUUGGGAGAAUAUGGAGAAUCGUUACCGCUGUGUAAUAUAUAUCAUAUAUAUUUAAAUUAUAAUACUUCCAUGAGACCGCCUUUGAAAGUUUAACGUAUUUUGAGAUUGCAAGGCAGUUCGGGGCUUCCAUGAAUACAGGAGGAAAUGUGGCGGGUCCUGUAGACCCAGAUUUGCAUUCGAUGUGUGUAUUACAAGCACUUGUCAGAACUGUCCCGAUGUGUAACUCUGAUAUGAAUUACUAAUGGAGUGCCAGUCAAAACAAUUAUUUAUUCGACUUGUGGUCAAUGUGUUCCUCUAUCUGUGCUCAUUUUUUGUUCAUGUGCCAAACAUCAAUACAUCUUAUUUUCAGGUUGAUGAAAAACACUAAAAACUGAGAGAUCUCACUUGCAUAUUUCAUCUGUUUACAUUUUCAAAGGACUCUGAAAUAUUAAAAGGUAAAACAACCUUGCUAAGGUGUGUGUGAAGGGAACAUAUAUACACAUACAGUAUAUAUUUAUGUAUAUGUAUGUUUUGGCAAUUUCGACCCACUCAGAAUGCACCAGAAAUGGACACGGAUAAAAGCAGAGAUACUCAUACGAUUUCAUACAGCUGAAAGUGUUAUUUUUAUAAGCUUGGUAAAUAAGCAGUACAAGCCAGUGCCAUGAUAAAACUACAACUAUAUUUCAAACCAAAUGUAUAUUACAGUGAUUUUUCAAACUAUAUGAUGUAUGUUGUGCAGCAAAGUUAAUAAGUGCACAAAGGUUUAGUUUAUGAAAUUUAAAAUGCAUCUUCAUCUGGCUUCUCUAUGCAAUAAUCAUAUAUGCAAUUAUUUUAAGUGUUUAUCAUGGUAAAUAUGGAUAUUUUAUUCUGAGGGCCCACAAAGACUUUAUCCUGUAUGUUCAAAUCCUCUAUUCAUCCUUGAUCAUGGCUAUAAAACAGCAUUGGGAAACUUGUCUAUGCAUGGCAAGGCUUUUUUGUGCUACAGAUGAUAUAGAUGUCAUUUUUCACUUUUGUAAUGUUUCGUUUGACUGCUGGUAUGAAGAGAUCCACUGAUUUAAAACAUGAACAUGGUGUCCAGGGCUUAACAGGCUGUGUGAUAGAUGAUAGAUGCUUUCUGUAGGAUAUGCAAGUUUGUACCAUGCGUAACAUCAUUUGUUUUUCAAACCAAAGAGUCAUUUUGUCACAGCCUAUAUUUAUAACAAAUAUGCUUUUGACAUUUAAUUUCCUGUUUUCACUUCAGUCCUGGAAACAGACAUUGACGGUUUGUUCAUUUAUAAAAUCUGUAAUGUUUAAAAAUGAAAACAUUUUUUAUUUACAGCCCGGAAAGUACUGGGAAAGUACAGCGAAUUUACAGCAUACAUUUCUGUAAUUAUAGUGUACUUCUAAAGUACAUACAUGUAAUUUUAAGGGAACAAUUUAUAAUAUUUUGGAAACAAAGGGGUAACAAGUGCCACUUUAAUUUACAGCCCGCAGAUGUUGUAUUUACUCUUUAACUACGUGAAACAAGGGGGUAACAAGUGCCACUUUAAUUUACAGCCCGCAGAUGUUGUAUUUACUCUGUAGCUACGUGAAACAAGGGGGUAACAAGUGCCACUUUAAUUUACAGCCCGCAGAUGCUGUACUUACUCUGUAACUACGUGAAACAAGGGGGUAAAAUUUUUUGACUUAGACUGUAACAACACAAAACAAUGGUAUAUUUACACAGUAACUACAGAAAAUACACUCUUAGAAAGGAUGUGUUAAUUUUUUACACAUCUUUGUGUGUUAAGUUUUUAACACAUUAUGUGUAAUUUUAACACAUUAUGUGUCAUUUUGUGUUAAAAUAUAACACAAGUUGUGUUAAAAGUAACACAAAAUGUGUUGUUUCCAUAAUAACACAGAGAUGGGUGGAUUCUGGGACAACGCAUUUAGUGUGUCGUCCCAGAAUCAACACUAAUGUGUUGUUUUUAACACAUUCGUUCGAGUGUAGUUCUAGUUUUGCUUGCUUUGUUUUCACCAUAGUUGCCUUGCCUAUUUUUAAUUUUGCUUGAUGACCCAACAAAGUACUCUUUUUCUUUCUUAAGGUAAGUAACCUUUAUUGAAAAUUCUAAAUAAAUUGUAUUGUACUAAUAAGUAGCAUAAACACAUUAACUGAAUUUCAGGUUUUGUUGUUUAGUAAUCUAAAAUACUUACUGCAUAUAUUAUUUGUAUUUUUCCUGGUUGUUACCCCUUUGUUCCCCAAAUAUUAUAAAUUACCUUAUAAUUACAUAUACGUACUUCAUAAGUAAACUAUAAUUACAGAAACAUACGCUGUAAAUUCGCUGUACUUACGCAGUAUUUUCCGGGCGUUACCGUUUUUUUUUUCAGGUCCUUUAUAUUUAGACAUUUUGUUACAUAGGAUAGUCUUGACUGGGCAACACAUUACUAAGAAAUACAAAAAAGUCUAAUUAAUGGUAUAAUAAUGUUUUGGUCUUAAUAAAUAUAUGAGAUAUUUUCACAUUUUGAAAUAACUUAUUGUUUAUUUAAAUGAUCUGGCAUCAUGACAUCAUUCGAAGGGCUAUUUUUGAUUAUCAAUGUCAAAUCCUCUUCUCCUGUAUCAGUAUGAUAUUUACAUACAUGUGUAUAUGUGUUCUGAAAACUGGUUUAUUUCCCAACAUGACGGGAAUUUCAUUAAAACACCGGAUUAUCGGAAUUAUAUUUAGGACUCAUUUAGCCGAAACCAAAUUCAUUAGUAAUUCAAAGAGGAACAUUGUAAACCAACAGCAGCACAAUGUAGCAAGGUUACAUAUCAUUUGAAUUUUGUUGACAGGAUCUGGAUUUGUAACAUUCCUCAUAAUCUUAAUCAUGAUUAGUUUACGUAGUCUUUCUUAAACUGGUUACGCUCCAUCCGUGAGUCUGAUAGAGACAUACGAUGUAUAAUAUACAUCACAAUGUACAGUGUGGAAAGUGAUCGAGAUGCUUUUGAUGUGCUCAUUUUUGAUGCAGGCUCUGAAAUGGGACAAUUCAAAUAUGUAGUCAAAAACACAUUUAAAGAAGAUUUGUAGAAAUGUUGUUCAGCUGAUUUCUUUAUCGACAAACCCUGCUUAAGGCUAUUUCUGAUACUGCUCUCCGUGUAAAUGACAGCAGUUUUGCCCUCACACACCCAACGUGCUAAACGCAAUAUAAAAGACAAGAACAUCUGAGAUUAAUCCUGGCUUGGGAAUACAAGGGCAAUGUGAUGUGAAAUGUGUUCUGUAUACAAAACAGGUUUGUUCUUUGGCCUAAUAAUCAUGCAAAUGUCAUUUUAUUGUCCAUAUGAUUUCAGUCGAUCUAAAUUAUUGAGGCAUGAUAUUGUUUUUGGCUUUCGCAUUUAUUUCUUUAACCCCUUUGUCGUUUUGAACAAUGACACAUUGCGUACUUUAUAUUGUAAUCGCCCAUGAAACGAUGAUGUCAGAGUGACAGUGGGCAUGGUGAUCUGAUGUAAGCAAUGUAUGCAAAACUGUGGGUAAAGUUUUCAUUUUUGCACAAGUUGGUAUGGCCUUAAUUUUUUGGUUGAUUUGCUUAAAUUGUGUAUUGGCACAAAGUGCAUCUCUUCAUUUGCUUAUUGACAGAGUGCAUCGGAGUGCACUUUCAAUUGGUGAAAAAAGCAGCAGAUCCUUAUUUUUAUGUUCCAAUACUAAAAUGUGGAAUUUUGCAUGAAUAGAAUUAAAAUGGCAGAUAUUUUUUGGCUUGUACAGAAAUGUGAGCAAUUUGAAGAAAAAAAGGAAUGUACCAUUUCUGCUAUAUCUGUAUAUAACACGAUAUUUAUUGAAAUAUGUCAUAAUGCUAAAUCGAAUUCUACUAUUAAAGGUUUUCUGAACUAAAAUAUCUCAA